AUAAGUUUUAUUCUAAGGAUGGUCACUGUCAGUUUUACCUUAUUUAUGGCUUCAUUUGUGCAGAAAAGUUACUCUUUACCUGUUGAAAGUUGUCCAAUGUUUGGUUGUCGUCCUUCGGGGACUUUUUCGUAUGAUCUCGAUAUAACAGUUAAUGUGUCGUUAUCCUGGCCAAAACCUUUCAAACAAAGUUCAUCAGCGGAUUCACUCGGUUGUGUGGGAAACGAGGAACUGAUCGUUUGUCAAAGUGAUGGGCAAUCACAUAGGGGAUACAUUAGCCUGACUGUUCAGAACGGUUCUCUUGCAUGGUCUGACAAAGUUCUUUAUCGCCCAACACUUCCAAUAAUGGACAUCUACGGCGAUAUCGUUGGGACGGAUGGUAACAAACUGGUAAAAUACGAAGUCGACGGCACUCUAGAGAAACCAGUUAUCAAUGAGGAGAAUCUAUCUCCAGUUUACAGUAUAACGUUCUCCGACAACAACAUAUUUGCCAUCGUUUCGAAGCUCGGAAUGUUAGUAACAGUGGAAUCUAAUGGAGUUCCCCAUGCCUUCAUAGAAUUUAGGGGAUGGGAAGAGAGGAUGAAUGGAACCUUUAUACCAAUAGCACCACCUGUUGUUUCCGGACACCGGAUAUAUAUUUUGACAGCUUUUCGUCCCGAUGGAAAGAAAACUGCACUUUCCAUGCAGCGAUUGUAUGCCAUUGAUAUUUUCAAUGUUUUGUCGGGAAAACUAAAGAUUGCAUGGUAUUUUAAUUUUGAAAGACUUUCCUCGCCAACAUCCAAGGUCAACAGAAAUGUCUAUAAAGCAGCUUCGGUAGAACCCCAAAUUUUAGUUAAUACGGACACUAACAUGUUGUACGUCAAUUUACCACCUCUUCCAGAGACAACCAAUGCUAUCCAUGUUGUCUGGGGAUUCAAAGAUGAUCUUGAAAGCAGUACACCAACUUUAUUAUUCAAGACACCUCAAUCUGUUGCUGGACUUGCCAUGUAUGAAUCAAGCAGGUCUAUUCAUGUCAACAACAGUACGCCACAUCAGUAUGGUCCAUGGAUGCAUUUACAGAUGUUUCGUCAUGGAGGUUCUGCAAAAGAACUUCAUGAAAUUGAUGCCUCGCUUUGGGCCGUAUCUACUGACAAGAGAUUAAUUCUGAAACUCUCUUCUACUACUGGGUCUGUUUUAGCACAAAUAAAACUCAAGGAUCUAUUCAACAUGACGAUAAGAGUUACCUCCCGGGUAAUGGUGGCAAGAUCAACGUCUAUUAAUCCUCGUCGUGAUAAUCUUAUUUUUGGAAUAGAAGUGACACCCUCACUUGAUGGGGAGGUUUCGAAAUCUUUCAAAGAUUUGUGUAACUCUCAUGCUGUUAAUCCUGGUUUGAAAUAUUACGUCAUCAGUUUAAGAGACUCUUUCGUGAACUGGAUCAUUGGGACGCCCAAUGACUGUCCAGCUAUUGGACAAAUAGCCGGCAUAAAAAGAUCAGGGAGGAACAAAGCAGAUAUGCUUGUCAUUACAACAUAUUCAUCGGAACAAUCUGAAAUAUUUGCCCUGAAUACAUAAUUUUU